AUGAGUCCGCAAGAGGAAUCAAAGGAUUGUCCAAAGAAGUCAAACAAAAUCAGAGAGAUUGUAAGGCUUCAACAAAUAGUGAAGAAGUGGAAGAGAUUAGCAAAUGGUGAAAAAAGCAGCAGCAACAAAAGUAAAUUGUUAAAGAUAAGUGGGGUUUGGUUAACGGACGUUGUUCCAAAAGGGUAUUUGGCAGUGUGUGUGGGGAAAGAGCUUAAGAGAUUUGUAAUUCCCACCCAUUACCUCACCCACCAAGCAUUCAGAAUAUUGCUGCAGGAAGCUGAGGAAGAAUUUGGUUUUCACCAACAAGGUGUUCUUCAGAUUCCAUGUCAUGUCUCUGUUUUUGAAGAUAUUCUCAACACUGUCCAACAACAAAACCACAACCAAUUCGCUCCUUCAGAUAAUGAAAUCAUUGGAUUCUUUUGCUCUCCUGAUUGCAACUUAACUCAUCAUCAUCCUCCUCCUCGAAUCUGUACAUUACUUUCAUGA